AUGCAGCACCCACGGGAUGUCUUCACUGGAGCAGUCAACCGUAUGGGGCACGCGACAUAUAUCCGGAGUUUCCAGAGCAUGCGAGAUGUUAAACUCGGAGAUGCUGAUGAUAGAUGCGGUUUACAGGCGAGCCCUACCGAUGAAUUUGCCUCUUUUACGUCCAUUUCUUCACUCCUCGCCUGUGAAUCCCUCACUGUCACCGUUCGAGACCACCUCCGAACAGCUUCCAGCAGCCGGUCGCGUUCUCGCGCGAGAAUUGAAGGCCCUCCCUUGAACCGCAUACUUUCGAGUCAAUUUCCGGAUGAUCAUUCUGUUUCCAUCAAAAAGAAGGAGACAGAAUUCAUCGCAGAAUUCAACAUCACAAACGAGGUGCAGGCUCAACUCACUUUGUCGAUCUUUGUUUUGGCAUAUGCGAUUGGACCACUAUUCCUCGGGCCUCUUAGCGAAAUCUAUGGUAGAGUCAUUGUUCUGCAAAUAUCGAACUGGUUUUUCUUGAUCUGGAAUCUCGGAUGUAGCUUCGCACAAACUUCUGGUCGACUGAUGCUUUUCAGUUCCUUAGUGGCUUGGGGUCUACUCAGCGAUUGCUUCCAUACAGAACAGCGUGGACUUGCAAUCUCGAUUUACAGUCUUGCCCCAUUGCUCCGACCCGCGAUUGGCCCAAUAGCCGGCGGAUUCAUAGCUCAAAAUACCACAUGGCGAUAG